AGCUGUAAUUUGGCCUGACAAAGCCUUUUUGAAGUAAAAAACAGAGUGUGGUUUCAAAGCAGUUAGAAAAAGAACAGGAAUGCUGUUCAGGAAAUUCUUCAGGCAUGGGCAGGGACUUGGCUGCAGUUCUGCUGUUGGAAAAUCUGACAGGGGCAGCUUCUGAAUGCAGGAUAGGCCUUGUGCUGCUCUGAAAGCAACACUGCAUCUUUCUCCCCCACCCCUACUACAGCGUCCCCUAGAUCUAGUGGUUUCAUCUGGCUUCUGGAAGAGAGAGAUGCCUCAGGAACAGUACGCACACAGGAGUGCCAUGCAGAGCUCAGAAGGACCACAUGUAUACAAAGUGGGGAUUUAUGGCUGGCGGAAGAGGUGCCUCUAUUUCUUUGUGCUGCUUCUCAUGAUUUUAAUCCUGGUGAACCUUGCUAUGACCAUCUGGAUUCUCAAGGUUAUGAACUUCACAACUGAUGGAAUGGGAAACCUAAGGAUUACAGAAAAAGGUUUAAAGCUAGAAGGAGAUUCAGAAUUCUUGAAACCUCUCUAUGCCAAAGAAAUCCGGUCCAAGACAGGCAAUCCUCUGUACUUCCAAUCUGCUCAGAAUGUUACAGUGAACAUUCUCAAUGAGGACCGUAAAGUUCUUACACGUCUUGUAACAGGGCCCAAAGCAGUGGAAGCAUACAGCCGAAAAUUUCAAGUGCUAACCACCUCGGGGAAACUGUUGUUUUCUGCAGAUGACAAUGAAGUGGUGGUUGGAGCAGAGAGACUUAAAGUUUUAGGAGCAGAAGGCACCGUGUUCCCUAAAUCCAUAGAAACUCCCAAUGUCAGGGCAGACCCCUUCAAGGAACUAAGACUUGAGUCACCAACACGCUCUCUAGUGAUGGAGGCUCCCAAGGGAGUUGAAAUCAAUGCUGAAGCUGGCAACCUGGAAGCCACAUGUAGGACGGAUCUCAAGCUGGAAUCCAAAGUUGGAGAGAUAACGUUGGAGGCUGCAAAUAUCAAACUACCUAGAUUGCCUCAGGGAUCCUUCUCCUCUACAGGAUCGAGGCAAAAAAUCUACGAGCUGUGUGUGUGUCCCAAUGGGAGGUUAUUCCUGUCUCAGGCAGGAUCUACUUCCACCUGCCAGAUAGACCCAAGUGUCUGCCUCUGAGAGAGACUAUUUAUGGCACACAUCGCUGGCAGCACAAGGCCUUUUUCAGCCUCCUAGACAGCAGCUGCCAACUAUUUUUACUAGAACACAGAAAGCCUAUCAAAGACUUUUGUGUGUGCGCGUGUGUGUGCGCGUGCGUGUGUGUGUGCAUGUGUGUGUGUGAAUAUAUAAAUAUAUAGAUAUAUAUAGAUAGAAAUAUAUAUAUAUAUAUAUAUCUCCUUUGUGUAAAAUGAAGUUUCAGUACAAGAAAUCCCAGGGUGACCCUCUUUGUGUAGUAUUGCUCCCACACCAAAAUUUGUAAAAUAUGUGCAAAUUGGAUUCAGAAGUUUCCAGGAGUAUUCAAACUGUGUCAAAACAAGCCUCUGCAAGGACAUGCUUUCAAGCCUCUCCAAAUUUAGUUAAAGGCCACCUCCCAUUUUACCUGCAUGGAAGUAGGAGGAAAUGUCAUGCGACACAAUUGCACCCAUGUUUAAUCUGUCACAUGUGCAGAUACUCAGAUCUGCAAUUCUGGGUCUCCAAUAGGUCUAUCAAAAAUAGACUGGUACAUGAUCUUCACAUGUGACAUACACAGGUUCCUAUGUUAUUUUUCUAAUCCAUGAACACCUGUGUAGGUAUCAUGUUAUGUGUGAAGCAAGCCUAAGAUAACCCCUCCCCCCAAAAGGGCAGCUCAUCUUGUAACAAUUCUUCUCAGCCCAGGCCUGAAGGUAGAAAAUCAAAGGCAAGGAAGGUGUCCAGGCUACAUGGACAAUCCUCCUGUGAAUGAAAUUAUUCAGAAACAACCAAAAAAUAAUCAUAAGGACUGGCAGUCAAUUCAACACCUGGGAUGAACUGGGAGGAGGUGAGUCGCACUGGUAUCUCCCUUCAUAGCCCAUAGGCUCAGAAAUGUUCAGAUGAUAGGAUACUACAGUUGUUUAACUGCUGCCCUGCUUACCUUAGGAUGGCUCACCUUGCACUUUAAGAACCAUGGUUAUGGUAUAUAGAAAAGAGAUCUCUUCUUAUUUAGUCUCUUCAAAUCAAAGAAGAAACUUCCUGGUUAAAGACAGCAUAAUGAGAUAAGCAUCUCUGAUUAUUAUCAUGCCAUGAAAAUCCAUCAGACGUGAUGAUAAAAUUACCUACUGCUUAGGGUGCUCCAAGACACACUGUCCAUUUUUAAUUAGAAGUACAUAUUUCAAGAGUGGUAUUCUACACUACUCUCCAUAAUCAUGGACCUAACAGCCAUCAUCUUGAUGAUAUAAAAACAGCUCCUUUACAUUUUAUCUGGGUGAAGGGGUUCAAUGUGAUUCAAGGGCCUCAGUGUGAUUAAAUGCUUCUGAUUAUGUGUCCAUCUUUCUGGCUCCACCCCCUAACUCCAUGUGAUCGUCUGAAUCAGAAGCUGGCUGUGUUCAUGGAGAGAGUCCUCCACACAAUCAGUAGUCCUGUGUCAUUGGGAUUUCCCAUUACAUGGAGGAGCCUCCAUGGCUUCAGAGCAUUGCUCAACACCUGGAAGUGGAAGGCAGAGCUGUGAUGGCAAUGCAGCAUUGGAACCGGACCAGCAGCAUGGCCCCAUUUCUCUUUAAUUGCAUGGAAACCCUCCACACUGAUAAUGCUUAAAGGCGGUAAAAACUGUGUCCUAUCAGACGAACAUGAGAGUAACAGUUGUGAGCAGUUUUAUGAUAAGCAUAAAGUCCAUUCAAGAUCCUGUGUAUGGGAGGCUGAUGCCAGAUGGACAAACAAGAGGCUAUAAGCAUGGAAAAGAACCAGGGUCUAUUCUCACACAUUUUGCUGAGAACUGCCUUGGCUUUUCUGCCCUCUCUACUGCACGUCACUAUCAGGAUACAAUGAGUGCAUGAUGCAUGUCAUACAUGUAUCUUCAGGAAAAAGUAAUUGCUCUCCCGUUUCAGCAAGAGUAGGAAAAAGUAGUUCCAUGAAAGGAAGAAAAUUAUUCAGUGAGGAAAAGCCUUGUAUUAAUGUUUAUCUUGUCAUGUCAAAUAUUCCAAACAUGCUUUACUAAGGAUCAUUACUGUCGCAGUACAGAUGACCAGGGAACUAGCAUAGGCUGUGCAAAUAGCAUGGAAUGGAAUACACAUUGGACACACACGCACGCAAAGAGGGCAGAAAGUACAGGAAAAAAUCUUGAUGUUAACAAAAGGCAAUCUGUUAUUGCUGAGUAAAAGGCAAGAUGCCUGUUGCACAUAUAAAAAUAUAGGAAUAUCACAACUGAUGGAUGACUGGUUCAUCCUCUGCUAUCAAUAUUUCUAGUUUCUGGAAAGUUUUUUUAUUAUAAUUGUAAAAAUGCUCAUGAACUGGGUGGGAAAAUGUCUAAUGGAACUUGACAAUGUAAAGGGCAGUGACACAGCUGCCUCGAGGGCCCAUUUCAGCAGGAAAGGUGGCAUAUAAAUUUGAUUUUUUUAAAAGUUAACUAAAUUCCCUAUCCAGAAUGUUAUAGGGAGAGCCAUAGAAGGUCAAGGUCACAUCUUUUGGACAGAUGAAAAAAUCAGAGAUGCUUAUUUUGAAGAACUGAUUAUGCACUGAUUAUGACACAGUCAGUUCACUGAAAAGCAGUACAAUGAGUUUCCUUCAAAACUGAGCCCAAGAGACUUUCCCACAGGAACUAGGGAAAGGGUGGAAUUUUUGGUCUGCUGUAGCAAAAGCAACAAAGGGUUGUAUUCAACUAAAUCCGACUCAGCGUAGGCUCACUGAAAUUAAUGAAUCUAAGUUAGCUAUGUCUAUUAACUUUAAUGGGUCUCCUCUGAGUAGGACUAGCAUGAAAUGCCACCUGAAUUAUAUGGCAUUUAAAGACUAACAAUAUUUUUUGUGGGACAAAAACAUAUGCUACAAUGUAUUUUGCCAUAGGACAUUUUUGCUUUCUUUACAGGAAUCGUCUAUGAAAUGGAAGUAGUAACAGCAUCACAGAUCUGAUGUGUCGUAAGAAGGGCACACAAUGUAUGAAAAUGGUUCCAUAAAUAACUCCCACAUGCAUUUCUACAAUCCAUAAAAAAGCAAAAAUAUAUCUUGGAACCUAUAUAGAACCCUCAGCUUAAGUAAAUAUGGGUUCGUGAUUAUACCUGCAGCAACCUCAAAAUAGAAUUUUAUAUAUUCUUUCAAGCCUUUUCCUUGGAUUUCUUUGUGGGCUAGAGAGCACCAAGAACUUGAUAGCAAGACUGAUUAAGUCAGUUUGGAAGGCAUUCCCAUUAAUUUCAAUGAAGUUUGGAUUAAGCCAUUACUAAAUAUUGUACCUAGGUGCUUCAGGUUAGUGGUAAAUAAGGCUUGAAGACACCAGUGAAGUGCAGUUUUGAUGGACAGUAAAAUUAUAAUACAUUAAAUUUACAGUGCAAUCUUAUAUAUGUUUACUCAGAAGUAAGUAUCAGUGUAUUCAAUGAGGCUUAUUUCAUAGUAAGAGUGUUUAAGAUUGCAGCCUUAGUGACACUGUUAGGAUUUCAAACCUAACUGAAAGGUUUUUGACCUGACAUUCAAAUGCAAGGGGGUCACCCAGGGUAACAAUUGUAUUGGAACACAGGACUAUACACUAUCUCUGUUCAAAGAGGGAGACUUGUGCCUAUGCCUUAAGUCAAUGCACUCAGCAAGGAGAAGCACAUCAUAUUUAUCUUACUAUUAAUUUGGAGUGUUGGACUGAAGGUUGGAAAGAAUGGUGGGGUUGCAAUCUUUGAGAGAUGAAUGGAGGCUUUUAAAGCAACAUGAAUGAGACUCAUUAGAAAUUCAUAAAGGCUAUGGAGCACCUGGAGCAAGUGCAUAUCUCUGUCAUGUUUCAACCUGGGUACUGAACUUCUAAGCUAAUCCUGGAGGUCUGGCUUCAGAGGGGUUUGUGUACUGUGGUAAUUUUUUUUCUUUUUCAUUUCAUAUUGAAUAAUGAUCACAUGUAAGGCCAUUUCAUUAAGGGAUACUUGUCAGGAUGUAUUAAGUAAGUCAGGAUAAAUAAGCUCACCUCUGCAAAGAAACUACACAUAUUACCAUGUAACAAGAGUAAUUCAACAUUUUGUUCCCCCAUUAAUUUUACUGAUAACGGAACAAGACAAUGAAAUUCAGUUCCUUUGAGAUGAAUCAUCAGUGUCUUUAGGUUUUUGUGUCUUAGUUCCUGAAGGACUUAUCUUUCUGAUAGCUCAUUUUUAUGUUAAUUUGGGCCGUGAGCUUGCGCCUUUAAAGUUAAGAAUAGUUGUUGACUACGCUGACUGUAGGCAAGCUUGACCAUAUGCAGAGAGAUGGGGUGUUGGAAAUGAUGCUACCAAGUUAUUUCACAGCACAGCAAACAUCUUUUAGAUCAGAUGGAGAACCUGUAGCCCUCCAGAUGUUAUUGGACUCCCCCAAACCCCAGUCAGCAUGGCCAGCGGUCAGGACUGUAGAACAGAGAAAAUCUGUAGGGCCACAGAUUCCCCAACCCUGCUUGCUUAGUUACUGAUCCUAAUUGACCCUACACUAGGCUUGCAAGGGAGACCGUUACAUCCUACCACCAGAAGUAGCUACCUUUCUCACAAGAGAAGAUAGCUGCUAGCAGUCAUUUAAACUCUCCUUUGCUUCCUUUUGUCGGAUGCACACUUUUUAACAUUGCUCGAACCCUUUUCUUUUGAAAACAAAUUGGGUAGGAAAGUUUAUGGUUUGAAACGUAAUCAUUUCCUCUCACUCCCCCAGUUCUUUAUAACCUGGCAAAAACCAAGCAUGAAAAUUAUAGGAUGCUUAAAUCCUCAGAUUAGGGCUUAUGCAAUAUGUAAACCUAUGCUGGCUUUGGAAUUUUACUCUGUAGGUAGACAUUUCUGAACAGCAAUAGUUUGAUAUGACAAGAAGCCAUGCCUAUCAAUACGGAGUGUCAUACAUGUGAUCUAAUGGUGAAGCAGAUUCUUGUAUCAUGCAAAUGUUGCCCAUGUUGUGGGCACCUUAGUUAAAUCUGUCAUGUUUUCAAUCUGUCAUGUCUAUGGCAUGCACAAAAUUGUGCCCAUACAUUUUGUUGGAAAGAUAGAUCACAAGCAAAAAACAAAACAAAAAUAAAAUCACUGUGCCCUGUAUUGCCUUUACCAAAGGAAUAACAAAAAUUACAACUAUUUAUUUCAAAUCUCAGUUGUUAAAAGAAUUCAUAAAACAUAUAAGUCUCUGUUGCAAGUAUAUUGUACCUUUUAAAAGAUCACAAGUUUCUUCCCAGUAUGAUCAGUUUGUAUAUAGCAGUAUAUCAGAUUUUGAUGAGUCAUAAAUAUCUUCCUAUAUAAAUGUGGGAAGAUUUUUGUACUAGUGUCAGGAUACUAUCAACAUACUUGUAGGGUUUUGUUUUGUUUUUUCAGUGUACUAUAUACUGACACAACCAAAACCUAUAUGUUUUAAGAUAAUGUUUUAAACUAUUAUUUUUGUAAUAAAUUGUUAUUUGUUAUUCUGUUACAGCAUUGGCUUCUCUCUGUGUUCUAUCUUUUCCACUUCCAAUUUUAAAAGAUGUUCUACACAUUUCUGAGGGAGGCAAUCUCCUGAGAAAUGCUGCUUUAAAAGGACUGCCAACAUAUUGGGUUAUAUUCAAGGUAGCACUAAGGCAAAUGUUCCAUCAGCGCAAGGAUUUCUCCUUGUACAAUGGAACAUUCUCCCCCUCUUCUCCCCCCACAUGCUGCCUAAAUCUGUAUUCUGGUUUCUCCCUACCCUCCAGAGCAGAUUUGGGGAUGGUACGAGGCAUGCAUGGGGGGAGGAGAGGGGAAGAAAGUCCUGUUGCACAAGUAGAAGUCAUUCUGCUUGCGCAGUUAUUGAGUUGAACACCACCCAUUGUCACUUGCAGAGGCAACAUGGUGGCAGGUCACUAAAACAGGUGUCUGCAUUUUCUUUUUGAAAAAUGUGUAAGUUGUUCUUUUCAUUAAUGAACAGAGUUUAGUGGGCUCUGCAGUAGUUUUGGUUUAAUUUUUUUCUUUAGCUUUAUGAUCAUUUUCAUAGCAUAAGUUGUUUGUACUCACAUCCAUAACGUAAUUUCUCAGUUUUGUCCCAUACUGUUAUUUCUCCCAGAUGGCAGUUUAUCUUUACCUCUGGUUGCCAAGGAAAAGCAAAGGUGGACGUGGAAUAUGCUUGCAUUGAAAUCAAUGUAAGAGCUGCCAUUGGCUUACAUGCCUGUAGUAGACAUCCCAGGGAUUUUCUCUAUCAGGGUUUCUGAUUAUUGGCCUGAUCUGCACAAAGUCCGUGGAAAUGUUGUCACUGACUUCAAGCAGUUGCAAUAUUACACCCCUUGCAUUAUAACUGCUCUAAAUUACUGUGCCAGCUGAAUUUGUAUGACUUUCAGAGGGUGCUAGGAUUGUUUUAUACCUAGAAAGUACUGUGGAAUACCUGCCUUUACAGCAAUGUCAUUGAAAACAGAAUGCAUUACUUUCUGGCUUGGUCUGAUUCAGCAGUCAAUGGAUUGGGUCCAGAUUUAGGCCUGUUUAGAAUACACACAUUGGGUCAUCUCUAUGCACAAUUAACUUUGGAUCCAAUCCAAGGUAACUACCAGGUCAACAGUUAAAAUGAGAAGUUGCCACUAAGAAAAUGUCCCUGACAAAAUUCUUUAAAAAUUGUUUGAAUACUAUAUAGAAUAGAUACAGUUUAUUACAUUAGAUUGUGUAAAUCUGAAGUUUUACAUCAUUUGGAGUUGACUAUUAUUGUCAUGGGCCUUGGAAAUAAAGAAGACACCAGGCACAAUCUCAGGAAAGUUGGCUUUGCCCCAGAGUGUGAUUCUGUGCACACUUAUUUCAGAGUAAGAUCCACUUGAAUUUUGUGGGACCUACUUCCAAGUUAACAUGCAUAGGAUCAGACAGCAGGCUCUGUCAAAAGUUAAAGCAAUAGAAUUUAAACACUCAUUUAACUGCUUAAGGCUGCAAUUCUGCAAUCACUUUCCUGUGAAUAAGCUUUACUUACUGGAGUAUGUUUCUGAAUGUGAAUCUCAUUGAGUUCAAGGGGGCACUUCUACUUUUCUUUCCAUUGUGCCAAAGAAGAUGAGGCCUUGUGUUCUGUUGAUGAGAAUCAGCAGGUAUUUAAGCUUUGUAGAUUUUUUCCCCCCCAGAUAGAAGAAUCAGGGUCAGUUCAUGGCCAUGUUUAUGAAGUGAUGAUUUGAUUGAGUGAAAAGGUUAUCCAAAACACCACCUUUGGGCACAUAGUUUUAAUGCAGGGCCAUCUGUGGAAGCUUAUCACCCAGUCACCACAACCUCAACAGAUCGUAUGAAUUGGCCUUCAGAUGCAUUAUUUUCUGUUUUUGUUCAUUUGGCACUCAAGUCACCUUCUGUGGCUUAGAAAGGGAAGUUUGAAUAAUCACUAAUUUUGGCAAUUAGCUGUCUCAUAUACUUUGAUGGGAGGGUGGCACUGUAAAGAAUAUACCUGCUCAGCACAAGCCCAUGGUUCAGUUUCAUGGUGACCAUUAACCAACACACACAAUUUAUGCUGCAUACAGAUGCAGUUACAGUGCUCAUGUCUGCAUUGCAUCAGAAAUAAUGUUGGAGGAUCCCAUGCGGCAUCAUUACAUAUGUAUAAUAUGCCAUGGGACAGUUUCUCUCAUAGGAGUAUACCCAUAUCUAGAAGAGCCUGGAGCUCAGAAACCCCUUUUUUCAUGCAUAUAAGUUGGCCCAUUGUAAGCUAUUCUUUUCCUUCUGUUUGGCACUCAUUCUGAUAAAACUGUUCCAGGAUUGCAAUUGAAAGAUUUAUGCAGCAGCCAGCAGAAAAUUAGGUGAUCUUGAGCAUUAUAGGACUCAUCCUUGCCCUCCUUCAGUGCCAGAGCUUGUAACUAAAAUUGAUGUGUGUGUGUGUGUGUGUGUGUGUGUGUGUGUGUGUGUGAGAGAGAGAGAGAGUGAGAGAGAGAGAGAGAGAGAGAGAGAGAGAGAGAGAGAGAGAGAGAGCGCGCAUCUGUUGUUAGUUUCCUCUUGUGGGCUUAAGUUUCAUAUCAAAACUAGCAGUGGGGAAGAGACUCAAGCCACUGUGUUAAUUUAACAUGUUUAGCUUCCAUGUGAACUGAGAUUUCAUUCACAAAGUUCAUGCUGAUAAAACAAGUUGAAAAACAACCUAUAACUUGUCUUCUUAAUGAAGAAAAAAAGGAUCAUAUAUUUUGAGGUGCAUAAAAGGCAAAAAUGACUUGAAAAUUUGAAAGAAAUGUAAGCCUAAAGGGACUUGUUAAAACAUUUCUGAAAGAAAAGAAUAAAUCCAAUGUUAUCGGCAAGUACACAGUUUCCCUUUGAUAUGUAUGGAACUCCAUGACACUGUCACUGACAGAAGACCACCAAAGCCAUUUUAUAUUAUAUUCUGUCUUGACUGUAGUCCCUGCUUUACAUUACAAGAUCGCUUCAGAUUCCUGCGUAUCCUGCUACAUUAAACUGAGCUGUGUCUUUUAAACAUAAAAUAAGAAGCAGCCCUAGCUCAGUGUAAAGGAUACUGGGAAUAAGCCCCUUUAAAUACAGUGGGGCUCACUUCUCUAGUCAUGUAUAGGAAUUGUGCUGUUUUGUUGUUGUUAUGUGCCGUCAAGUCGAUUACGACUUAUGGUGACCCUAUGAAUCAGCGACCUCCAAGAGCAUCUGUCAUGAACCACCCUGCUCAGAUCUUGUAAGUUCAGGUCUGUGGCUUCCUUUAUGGAAUCAAUCCAUCUCUUGUUUGGCCUUCCUCUUUUUCUACUACCUGCUGUUUUUCCCAGCAUUAUUGUCUUUUCUAGUGAAUCAUGUCUUCUCAUGAUGUGUCCAAAGUAUGAUAACCUCAGUUUCAUCAUUUUAGCUUCUAGUGACAGUUCUGGUUUAAUAUGUUGUAACACCCAAUUAUUUGUCUUUUUCGCAGUCCAUGGUAUGCGCAAAGCUCUCCUCCAGCACCACAUUUCAAAUGAGUUGGUUUUUCUCUUAUCCGCCUUUUUCACUGUCCAACUUUCACAUCCAUACAUAGAGAUCGGGAAUACCAUGGUCUGAAUGAUCCUGACUUUGGUGUUCAGUGAUACAUCUUUGCAUUUGAGGACCUUUUCUAGUUCUCUCACAGCUGCCCUACCCAGUCCUAGCCUUCUUCUCAUUUCUUGACUAUUGUCUCCAUUUUGCUUAAUGACUGCGCCGAGGUAUUGAUAUCCUUGACAAGUUCAGUGUCCUCAUUGUCAACUUUAAAGUUACAUAAAUCUUCUGUUGUCAUUACUUUAGUCUUCUUGACGUUCAGCUGUAGUCCUGCUUUUGUGCUUUCCUCUUUAACUUUCAUCAGCAUUCGUUUCAAAUCAUUACUGGUUUCUGCUAAGAGUAUGGUAUCGUCUGCAUGUCUUAAAUUAUUGAUGUUUCUCCCUCCAGUUUUCACACCUCCUUCAUCUUGGUCCAAUCCUGCUUUCCGUAUGAUAUGUUCUGCGUACAAAUAGGGUGAUAAAAUACACUCCUGUCUCACACCCUUUCCGAUGGGGAACCACUCGGUUUCUCCAUAUUCUGUCCUUACAGUAGCCUCUUGUGCAGAGUAUAGGUUGCGCAUCAGGACAAUCAGAUGCUGUGCCACCCCCAUUUCUUUUAAAGCAUUCCAUAGUUUUUCAUGAUCUACACUGACUUUUUACUGUAGUCUAUAAAGCACAGGGUGAUUUUCUUCUGAAAUUCCUUGGUCUGUUCCAUUAUCCGUAUGUUUGCAAUAUGAUCUCUGGUGCCUCUUCCCUUUCUAAAUCCAGCUUGGACGUCUGUGUGUUGUGCUGUUAAUCCUAUUAAAUUCCAGACCUCAGUCUACCAGCUUUAUUGUUUUUACUUUAUAGAUCAUGUUCAUACACUUUUGUGGCAAAAGCCCAUACUUAUAGCUAUGGACAUCACAAAUUCUGAAAUGGAGUCAGUGGAGAAAUAAACUAAACUUGUAACUAUUUCAGAGACCAAAAGUCCUACUAAAUAAACUUUUCUGCUGUAUAAAGGGUGAUCUUGGUAACUUUUGCUUGUUUUGCAAUGGACCUCACAAAACAUGUUUAAUUAAGCUCAUUUCCAGAGUGAUCUAACAAGGGUCGUGGUUUUCACUUGGAAGAAAUACGGGCCAUGUUUCACUCUAAAGAAAUCACAAUCUGUAGCCAAGAUUUGUUCUUGGCAUAUUGAUGGUGGUUUGUUGGAGUAAACAAAUCACAAUACCUGGUUUGCAUGUAGCACUAUGUCAGGGCUUGUGGCUUUUUGCCCUCCAAUGUGAGAGGGAUGAACAAAACAGUGUAGUUCAGCAUAUUCAUGAUAAACUAUUACCUAUCAUUUACCAUGACAUGCAAACUGGACCACUAUAUGUUAAAGAAUCAACAAGUAUUUGUGUGUGUACUUUAUUUACUUGUAUUUUGUUGCAUUUGGAUACUCAAGAAUGUAAAAAAGCAAUACUACUACUGCAAUAGAAUCCCCUAUACCAUUAGUAUGAGAAUAGGGAAUGCCUCUCUAAAAAUAAGUUUUUGUGGACCUUUUAUUGGGGAAAAAAAUUAAUGCUUCUUUGUUUUCCUCAAAGCUGCUCUGUUGGGGAAGAUCUUAUCCUUAGAGCUUUUUGAAGCUUUCUGAAUCCAAGGAACAGCAAGUUGGCACAAAAUCUCUUUUUUUUCUUUUGGUGGAAGAGGUAGCUAUGUAAGUUGUAUAUCCAACUUAAGGGGCAGGGAGAUAUACUGAAAUUUCCCAUGCAAAUCUGUCAAAACCACAGGGAUGUGAAAUUUCUCGGAAAUUGAUUUGACUAGUGCAGAUGGUAUUCUGCUAGGAAAGCCCAGCAGUACUGCCAUCAGCUGGAAAUGUUUCAUCUUCUUGUAUCAGAGCACCUUGUCAUCUUUAGCUUCAAUUUUUUUUUUGCUAGUACUAUUGUCUUAGUAGCAGCUGCAUGCUGCCUUUUCAAAGAUGAUACGAUGAAUCUCAAUUUCUCUUUGAAAAUGGUGCAGUGUGCUGAUCAUUUUGUGAUCAAUAUUAGUUGUGAAAGAAAAGGUAUGCUAAAGAACAAUUUAAAAUAAUUUAUUUGCCUUACUGUUUGUUCUGCUUUGACUUUCUGCCAGAGUGUGUGGUAGAGAGGAGGAAAAUACAAAAAUGUUACAUUUCCAUCGUGCCACCUUCAAACGUGGGCUGUUUUCACCCACUGAUUUUUUUAAAAAAAUAUUGUUUUUAAAAGAGGCUUUGGGGCUUUUCCAGAAAGUUUCCUGAAGGUUUUUAUUUCUUGUAUUUCUAUAUCUCCUCUAACAAUAAGCUUGCUGCAUAGCAUCUCUGCAUUGUCAUAGAAUUUUUUUCCACAUUCAUGUGUGGGUUUUCUUUUCUUUUUCCUUUUCUAAAACCUUAAUCACUGAUAAAAGAUAAAACAGCCCAAUAUCUUCUGCUGCCUAAUUACCACUUUCUAAAGCAAUGUUAUUUCUAUGGGCUUCAACAAGGUUUUUUCACAGCAAAGCAGUUAUAUGCAACAAUGCAUACAACAAAAAACGGUGGGAUUCUGUUUUUCAUAGAGAUUUGGUACUGAAAACAUUGCUACACUUCUCCCUCUUGCAGUUUCAUUAUAUCACUACAUAUUUUAUGUUACUGGUUGCGUUCUUAGAUUUUUUUAUAUGCUAACAAAGGGAAUAACAUUUUUGUUGAAAGAGUGCCUUUUUCCUGGUUCUUCUUUGGGUUUUUAGUUACUAGCUCUGGCUAAAUAUAGUUUGUCUUACAGAUACAAGAAAUAAUUGAAGCUUUAGUGGUAUAUUAAUGACACCCCAGUUAUAAGCAUAAGCAGCUUAAAUAACAUUAAUAGCAAAAGCAAUUGCUGUUCAGUGUUCUCUGCAGUCAUCUUACACCCAUCGAACAAGCAUCAGUAUCAAUGCAGGAGCAAGUUAUUAAGGUGAACACUGAUCUGUGUUAAUGAAGUAUGCAUCCAGAUGGGCAAAAGGACAUGGGCCUUUGAGGGAAGAGACAACUUUGCAGUUGGUGUUUAAUAUAGGCCCCACAUAGGGCCUAUGCUUUCCCUCUUCUACUGGCUCUAAACAGCAAGUGAUACUGCAGUCAUGUAAAAUGCAGAAUGUCAUUUACUCUGGUGGGUGUUCUAGAUUCACAUUGGCCAAAGGCCUAAUUCAAUAUAUUUUGCAGGAAGAACAGAAAUGGAAAGGCCCACUAUUGCCUCUCCAUCUUAACCAUGACUUGCUGACAAAAUAUAGACAGGGAUUAGGACCAAAACAGAUGUGAUCAAGAAGGUCCAUGAUCAGAUCUCCCAACAUUUUGCAGAGUUGGGGGUUCUGAUUUUGACCAGAGAAGUAGGAUUGAGGGAAGGCUUCAAACUUUUCCCCUGCACCAUUUUCCCAAGUUGCUAUUGACUCCGUGUGGGGGUAACAGAUAUCAGAGAGAUACCUGUCAAUUUUCCACCAUGUAUGCUAAUGGCACCUUUGUGAUUCAUUUAGAUCAAGAAAACAGCAGCACAGAGAAAAAGGCUAAGCAUGCACCCCUACAGCACUCUUAAUUAAAAAUGUACCCUCCCCCGCAGUGGUUGCUUUCAAGUUGCUAUUGUUUUUUAAGUCAGAAGAGCACACCACAGAUAUCUUAAAUAAUUUGUUUCAGUUCCUAGAUCUGUGUAUUUCAUAACCAUGUACUUUCCAAAGAGUGAGAUAAAGAAUAUGUAAAUGAUGGCCAAACUACUACCACAGCAGCUCCCAGUACCAGUGUGGCAAACUGCUUUUUAUUGUUGUGAUUGUGUGUCCAACAGUUGGCUCCUCUGGAUCUAUUCAGUGUUCAAAUGAUAUUGCCACAAGUCAACACAAAGUUAAGUGCACUUUAGUCCACUGAAAUCAAUAGGUUAAAGAGCACUGAAUUCUCUUGAAUUCUAGCUAAUGUGCUUCUAAACCUUAGGCACCUGAAAAAGAACCCUAGCAAAGUUUGAAGCUUGAAAUGUUUAACACAACUAGUUUUACCAUAUCUCCUAAUAAAGACCAGGAUUAAAUAAGAGUUUAACAGGGAAUUGGUAGAUAACGUCUAAGGCAUAAGAGAAAUUGGCAUCAUAUGUACCAAUAUGCAGAUGUUGUUGAACUGCAGAUCCCAUAAUCCCCAACCAUUAAUUAUGCUGGCUGGAGCUGAUGGGAGUUGGAAUCCAACACCAUUUGGCAAUCCCUACUCUACCAUGGGAACCCAGUCAUGGGGGAAAGAGGGGUGAGAUUACUGAGCCCUUAAAGGCUAUUUCCCAUGACCUGCUAGUUAUUGCCUGGGUGCACCGGCACACUAAAGUACACCUAGUCAUUACUCACAUUAGGAGACCUGUUGGUGUUCUCCAUCAUCAGAUCCAGGGCCUUGUGGUAAAUGGGACUACUGGAUCUUGUUAUAGGGAUGCUGAUGCGCUCCCACGCUUAAGCAGUCACUGAGUAGACUGCAGUGCAUCCAUGACUGGCUGCCGCUCACCAAGGGUACUAGUGCACUUUUCCAAGUUUCCUAUAGAAUCCUCUUUCAUUUGCAUAACUCUGCAUUUUGGACAGAUGGAUUCUGCCAUUCGUUUUAGUCCUUAACUUCCAUAGCCGCACCUAUAACCAUUCUGUUUAGUACCAUAACACUUACUCCCACAGGCAUAUCCUCACCAUUUUUAAAACAACUUUUCUUCUUUCCCUUCCCUUUCUGUUCAUUUCAUUUUUAUUUUUUUUAAGUUUAUGAGACUAAUCAAAAAGACUCUGAAAGCCACAAGAUUUUAUUAACUAAACUCCAUUUUUUACAGAUUGCCCUCAUCUAGUCCCAUAUAGAUCUUAGUAAAAUCCCAUUAUGACUUCAUAUGGAUAAAUCUGUUUACAGCCCAGUCCUCCACUCAGCUGAACUGAAAUUUUAGGAAUUCAGCCAAUAUUCUCUUCAAUUUAACUGGGUUGCAAGUAGCAAUUGUUUGGUAUUGUCACACAUAACACCAAAAGUGCUUUUUUGAUUUUGAUUUUUUGCUUUUCAUAGCUGUAAUGCCACUGUAAAUCCUACGUUGGAUAGAACUGACAGUUUGUUUUUAAAAUGACUCUCUGCCUAAUGUUAGGCAUUGACAAUAUUUACAUAUGUGCACAAAGAAUCUUGGUGAAUCAACCCAAAAUCCAUCUAGUCCAGCAUUCUGUUUCCAACACCAGCCAGCCACAUGCUUUCUGGGCAACUUACAAGCAAAGCAUGAAGGACCUCAUAUGUUGUAUGUUCCCAGCAUUAGUACUCACAAGUUUACUAUCUUUGGGCAAAACAGUGUUGCUUUGAAUAGUGUUUCUGAAGUUUGGAGUAGCAGGCUGGAUCCAAUGUCCCUGGAUCUGAUUGACUCACAGCACGGAUGAAGAACCUGUCCCUCCCGAAUGUUGUUGGAGUCUAACUCCCAUCAGUCUCAGCCAGCAUUAUGGUCAAGGAGAAUGGGAGAUGUGAUCCAGCAACAACUGGAGAGCCAGUUUCCCCAUUCCUGAUUUAUAGCACUCACUGUCCUAAGCAUAUACGUUCCAUAGUGUUCAGUGGGACUUAUUUCCAGGUAAGUUUGCUUGGGGUUGCAGUACCAAAGUCACUUUCCAGACCAUAGUUAUGGCUUAUUUUAAUAGCUUGACUUGUCUGGAUACUGGUGCUUGGCAUAGCAUAUACUUGUGUUGAUCCACUAAAAUGCCAUGUGUACAGAAUACUGAGAGGAGAAUACAUUCUCUGCUGGCGUAAGCAAUCACACUGUCAACUGUCAGAAUCCUAUCUGUCUAUGAACGUAACAUAAAAACUCAGUCCAUAUACAAUCACAAUUUUCCAUCUGUGAUAGUAAAAUAUAUCGUCUUAUCUAUGGUAAACACAAAUGCUUUCAUCAUGUAAACAGAACAAAAGUUCAAGUUCUAAAUCACGUUUCAUGAAGUUCACAUUUUGUUUAGCUUAUAUUUUAUUUAUGUGUGUGUGUUUGUGUGAGAAAAAAAUUAAAACUUUUUUAUCAAGUAAAAUCAAUCCUUGCACACUAUGCAAAAUUUUGUAAGCAUUGCAAUAAUGCUAUGAAUUACACAA